ACGAGGGCGCUGUUUACGCUCUGUGUGUACGUCGUGUGAUCCUUGAGGAUAUGGUGGUGGAUCAGCAGCCAGACAAGACAGCAAGAUAACAGCACAGCAUACAGCUUAAUGUCAAGGACUUUGGAGAGGAGAUAAACAUAUGCUACGACGAUUAUUAAUUAAAUCCGGGUUUUUGUGGCAGACCACGAGAGGGAAGCAGAUUCUGCUGUAACCGCUGUGUAUUUGGAAAGAAGACCUGAGGUGGAGCUCUUACUGGAAUCGCUUUGCCUUCUCGCUAACUAGCUAAUAUGCAACUCUGCGUGUGAAUUUGCACGAAAACAAGACUGCUGGAUAUAACAAGCCGGGGCUUGCAUUGACUCCCCUCCCCUUUCCUUUCUCAUUGUGAUAUCCACCUGCUCACAUGCAGCUAAAGUCAUGCCGGUCUUUCGUCUUGCAGAUAUAGCCGGUUAGCAAACUAGCUCGGAGGCUCGGCAGGUGAAAGCCGGGCACGCAGCGCUUCGGUUCUGCGUGAGACACAACGCCAUGCCGCUGGUUGAAAGAGGCCGAUUCGUAGAGCUGACUUCACCGAGCUAACGCUAGCUGCAAUUAGCAGGCCGCUGCAAUCAUCUUCAAGUCAGCUAAUUACACAAAGCCACAGGUGAACGGUGGAGAUCACCUUUCGCUUUCUUUCUUUGCUGUGCUUACUUGUAUAUAAGCUCCAUCUGCGGGGUGAGCCAGUACCCAGUAAUCUGCUAAUCGGCUAGCCCUUUAGUUAGACAGUAGCGUUAAUGCAAAGCCAUUUGUAGCGUCUUGGUUUUGCUGUUGUUUACAUUGUUAAGAAAAACAGACUGUUUUCUGUAGCUUACAGCUAGCUCGGGUGAGUGAUAAGGCUGUUUGUAAACGUGUAUAUAUAUAUAUUUUUGUUUCACUAAUACACGCAGUUUGAUACUUGUGUAUUGAGUAAUUUGCACUAGAUAGCCACAUGUACAUCACUACAGAUCAUAUUCACUUUGUGGUGGCUUUAUUAUUUUUAAGCAUUAUCAGUGAAAGCAAAGUGAAUGAGCAGUACUCAUUUGAAUGGGGUUAUUUAGUCUGGGAUCUCUGCUGAAGCCUCCACAUGUAAACAAGUCUGAGUCAAGUGAGUGUCAGGUUCGCAUUAGUAUUUCUUUUAACUGCACGUAAUCACCGAAUAUCCAGUUAAUCCUCUGAACAUUAUUUAUCCAUGCUUAAGCAGUUACUUUAAACCUGACACAGACAAAAACAAAAAACAACAACAAAAAACCCAAAAAUGGGAUGUUGUUGACCUCCUGGAGCAUAGCCAGACAUAUCAGCCCAUUCAUUCAUGAUUGAUGAUCUUUGUGGAAGUAGGUUGUCCUCUAUCCAUUUGCCACUAAUGUGAGACCUCAGCACCAAGCCACCAACGAUCUGUAUUUAAUUUUAACCACUAAUGUAAAGGGGUGAAGACAAACCCUGGGGAGAUUUGAGGGUUUAUAGUUUUAGCAGCACUUUCCUUUAAAUCCUACUGAGCCUAAAACUGGAACCACUGGUGUGAAACAUGAAGAGCACUGUGUCUGAUCUAAACCCGCAGCCCUGUAGCGUGGAGAUCUGAUCAAAGCGCAACAGAAAGGCUCAUUGUACGGACUGAUAGUUGAAGAGGAAACGGAGAUCAUGGUGGUGAUAACAAAAACAGCCCAGUGACAGCUUUGAAUCCCACACCAGGAAGCAGAGGAGUGUCUAUAAAGGCUGCAGACAUGAGUCUCCGCCAACCCACCUCCACGCUGGACAGGUAGGAGCCUCACAUCCGCUACACCCAGACAGUUUAUGUGGGUAAAGGUAUGCCUCUUUACGCCUCGCUAAAAAAAUGUGGUAUUCCCAGGUGAGCAUUGUUUUUAUCUGAUGGAUGUGCAGUGAGGCCACUGGAAGAACAGCUCAGACGGCUUGUUGACUUCAGGAAAAAAAGCAAAAGAUUGCACAAUAAUGUUCAUUUAUGUCAUUCAAUCUGCAUCUCCUCUAAUAAAACACUGGAUGUAGUGCACCCCGUCUUGUUUGUUAAUGUCACCACUUUCACCAUAUAUCCCUGCACUGUGUGAUCGUCUUUGAUGCAUCUUUGUUGUUUAUCAUGUGUCUUUCCUCUUUCUCCUGCUGUAUACUGUUUUCCCCGAUUUGCACGUGCCCAUUACCUCCCACUGCUGUGUCUUUGUAUGUGUCAUGUGACGGCAGGGCAGCCAAUAAGACAGACAACCAACUGUUCAGGAUCAACAGUUUGACAAUUGGGGACUCGGAGCGUAAAAACUCUGGCCCUCAGCAGAGAGAGCCAACGGCAGAAAUCAUUUCUGACAGUACAGGCACUGGACUUGUGCACAGAUGUGUGGUCGUGCAAAAGGACCAGCUGGGCUUCGGCUUCACCGUGUGUGGAGAGAGAGUGAAGCUGGUACAGAAUGUCCGACCAGGUGGAGCAGCAGUGAAGGCUGGUGUCCAAGAAGGGGACAGAAUCAUAAAGGUGAACGGCUCGUUGGUUGCCUCCAUGUCCCAUCAAGAGGUGGUAAAGCUCAUAAAAUCUGGAUCUUACGUCGCACUUACACUACAAGGGCCGUCUCCAUCAACCACCUCCUUGCCCUUAGAGCCCCUCGCCACUGAUCACACUCUUAAUCAAAGAUCAUCUCUGGCUGGGGAGGCUGCACCUCCUCCACCUCCACCCUUGCCCUCUGGACUGAGCAGCACCCCCUCCCAAAGGAUCACAGGACCCAAACCACUACAAGACCCACAAGUACAAAAACAUGCGACUCAGAUACUCAGGAAAAUGCUGGAGCAGGAAGAGGCCGAGCUGCAGGACUUGAUGGAUGAGCAGCUGAGGAACCCGUCGCCAUUGCUGGAGGAGCGAAUUGAAAGCGCCAAGAGGAGAGCUCACCAAGUCAGAGUCAAGAUUCAGCAAGAUGUGGAGGGAACGAGGUCAGAAUCUGUCACAGGCUACUUCAUAGCAGGAGAAGGGCGACAAUCAAUAGACUCCAGUGAAGGAGACAUGGAGGCCUUUGAGAGUCCCCACUCCUCCCCCUCAUUUUCCUUCAGGACCCCCCUGCACCGGCGCCAGACGUCCGACAUAUCCACCUUAUCUGAUUUGGGUGGAAAGGCCCAGAUCAUCGGGCCCGAGGAGGAAGAUGAAGAAUAUGACGGCUAUGCAUUUAAUGAGAUGGACGGUCCAUACCAAGAUAUUGAGCUGUUAAAGGCACGACCAGCACACAUGACAGUGUUCAUGAGAUAUGUCUUUACCCAGCUUCUGGAUCCCAACCCUCUGCUGUUCUACCUGUCUGUGGAGGCUUACCUCGGCUCCCUUCCUAAAGAUGCCCGCACUCUUGCACCUCAGAUCUGCUCCCUGUUCCUGGAACCAGAUGCUCCCCUGAAGAUUAAAGUACGAGAGGAGUAUCUUGCUGAUAUCGAAAAUCGACUUCAUGCUCAGGAGGACAUCCGGGGACCUCUGUCUGAGCUGCAGCAGCUUGUGCUGCCAGAAAUCCAGGACCAGCUGCAAGACUACAGGAACAAGCAGAUGAUGGGUCUCGGUUCUCUGUUUGGAGAAGGAGACCUGCAGCACCUUGAUGGAGACGCUGUGAAAGAGAAACAGGUGGUGGACAAACAAGUCACCGCCCUGUGGGAAAUACUAUCAAAGCACGAGGAGGACAGAAGUUCUCCUCUGGCUUCAGCUGUGAUCCUCUACCUGCGUCAUUCUGGGAUCAAGCCUAGAGACUCCAAGGUCUUCCCCGGCCUGACCACAGAGAAGGACAAGUGGAUCACUUUCUUAAAGUCCAAGAAGCUGAGCGGUACCAAGAAGGAAAAAGAUGGAGAGGAUAAAAAGAGAAAUCCCAUCCUGAAGUACAUCGGCAAACCCCGGACCACAUCCCAGUCCACAUUCCAUGUCCCGCUGUCACCCACCGAAGUCCGGCCUGGCAGCGUGCGAAACAUCAUUCAGCAGUUUGAGAAUAGCACCGAGACCGGCGAGGAAGUCAGCGACGGCGCUGACCCGCAAAGGCUCUCCUCCAGCAGCCUCGGGGAUGAAAUGGACAGCCCUCUACCAGUUCGUCUGGCUCGCAGCGAGUCACUAAAGGCUCAGGGAGAAGGGCGACGGCGGGGCGGCACCUCAGGAGCCGAGUCUGUGCCCCGCUCUCGUAGCGAUGUGGACAUGGAGGACUGCGCGGAUGAGAGGGACGGGCCAGGCCUGAGGCCUCUGCAGCACAGCGCCUCGUCCUCUGCAUCCAGCAACUCUGCACGGUCUCUAGAGAACCCUACACCCCCAUACACCCCUCGGUCUAGACGCAGGAGCGUGGAGUCGCCGCUGGCCCUGCUACCCGAUGCUGCAGCGCUGGAGGAGGACGUGAUGGAUAGUAAGACCUGGCAGGAGACUGUUACCCCUCAGCUCCUUGCAACACUCAGCCCCAGUGAGGUUGAUAGACAGGCUGUCAUAUACGAGCUGUUCACCACUGAGGUGUCCCACCUGCGAACCUUACGGGUCCUGGACCAGGUUUUCUAUCAGAAGAUGAGGACUGUCCUGAACUCUGACGAGCUGGCCUGCAUCUUCCCCAACUUGCCUCAAGUCUACGAGCUCCAUGCGAGUCUGUGUGAGGCGAUGAAGAAGCGAAGAGAAUCGCCGAUUGUUCAGGACAUCGGGGAUGUGAUGCUGACCAGGUUUGAAGGGGCAGCCGGAGACGAGUUUCAGGAACAAGCGUCCCAGCUGUGCUGCCAGCAGUCUCAGGCUCUCGAGCUCAUUAAGAGCAAACAGCGUAAAGACCCUCGCUUCGCUCACAUUAUCCAGGAGUGUGAGGCGAGUCCUCACUGCCGCAGGUUACAGCUCAAAGACCUGCUGGUGUCAGAGAUGCAGAGACUCACGAAGUACCCGCUGCUGCUGGACAAAAUCGUUAAAUACACAGAAGCGGGCUCAUCAGAUUUGCCCUUGCUCCAGCGAGCGCACGCGUGUUGCCGAGGGAUACUGCAGAGCGUCAAUGAGGACGUUAGGGAAUCGGAGCACCGGCAGCGCCUCAGCGAGUACCAGUGCAGGCUGGAUGCUGCUCCUCAGUUCAAGAAUGUGGACCUCACCACGAAGAGAAUGAUCCAUGAAGGUCCUCUCACCUGGAAAGUUAACAAAGAAAAGCUGAUAGAGAUCCAAGCGCUGCUGCUGUCAGACUGCCUCGUCCUCCUUCAGAAGGGCCCGGACGACCGCCUACAGCUGCGAAAUCAUUCCAGCAGAUUGGGUGGAGGCGGGGGAGGCAGCGGUGACAGCAAGACUUCUUUCAGCCCUCUAGUGAACCUGGCGUCGCUGCUUGUUCGCCCGGUAGCUACAGACAAGAAAGCUCUUUACAUCAUCAGCACCACAGAUAUGCAGAUCUAUGAGCUGGUGGCUGCAACAACAUCCAAGAAGGAGACCUGGAAAGAUUUACUGGAAAAGGCCAUCUCUGCCGCCGGCGGAUCGUCACCUCUGAUGAAUCACAGCUCGAUACCCAUGUCGUCCCCGAGUCUACGCAGUUCUUCCCCCGUCUCGACUGGCAGCAAUGCCUACGGAGAUAACUCAAUGACGGAGCAGUCAGACUCCACGGAGACUCAUUCCAACAGCGACGAGCCAGCGAUCUCCCACAGUACGCCUGUGGACCAAUCGGAAGCUUUGCUCAAAGGACAAGGCGUGGCGGAGGCCGCUCUGCAAGACGUUGAAACCCUGCGGCAGCUCAUAUUACAAGAUUUCGGAGAGGACUGUUGGAGCCACGAUUCAGAUGAUACACCCACCAAUGAGACGGCCGCUGAAAGCAACUCAUUCACAGAGAGGCAGCGACCGGAGUCUCUGGAGACGGUCCUCAGCUGCUGCACCGAUGAAUGGGAGGCGGAGCCAGAACAGCUGCUGCUUGCAAAAGCACCCAAACCUCAGGUUGUGAGGAAAGCUGUGGUUGCGGGUCCUCCUCCUUCUUCUUCUUCUGUCGCUGAAGACAUCACUGAUGAUGUCACCCUCCCCUCCAAUCAGUCAUCCAAGUCAAGAAGCGAGGCCAAAAAGCAGGGAAAUACCUUCUACCUGGUCAUGCCCAUAGAACAGGGCGAGAGCGUGACUGAAGAUCUCAACGACCCCCCUACACCCACCGCCAGCCACUUCCCUCCACCUGUAGAGGAAAUGACGUUGCCACAGACGCAGAUGGAAGAGGAGCCGGCAGCCCGCGGCCCGGAGGCCAACCAAUCAGAGACUAUGCAACUAGAACAGGAAAAAGAAACAGGCCAUUUGCAGGCUGCGCAACACACUCACGUAAUCAGAAACGUGGAUGAGAUUUUUCACACGAUUGAGGAGCUGAUGACCAAGUUGCGCCACCUGAAGGAGAUAGAGAAGGCCCACUAUAAGCUUCUGGAAACUCUCAGAGAGUCCUCCAUCAGUCAGGAGUCUGAGGACCAGCAGUGUCGCUCGGCAACCGUCUCCAGGACGCCGUCUCUGGAUCGUAGCUCAGGAGAUGGCAAAGAGAGCAGACCUGCCGAGCCCAAAAUCCUGUCGACUGGAUUCUGAUGCGGCUGCAUGGUAAAUCCAUUUGCAGUCGCUUAAUCUUGAUUGGCAGUCUGACGUAGCUAUCCACUUUGGGGCUUCCCCUUAGACCCGGUUCCACUCACCCAUCAGCCCCGCGUGCACCAGCCUGUGGCGCAGAACAUCAAAAAGCCCGUCACCAUUUCUUUGUUUCUGUUGCCCUGAUAUAACAGGAAGGUGAACUGACUCAUCGAGGUUUCUGAGCUCAGUAAGCGCAGAAUGAACGGAGUCCACGGAAGUUGAGGAAUAAAUACGAAGGAAAGGAAGAAAAAAGCAGAAGACAAGUUGACUGUGGAAGAGAGAAGUUGGAAAAAUUGAAAGUGGAAAUGUGAGCAAGUUUGGAUAUUUGUGAAGGAAAGAAGUGUUCAUGUAAUGCUUUUGGAGAACUGGUUGAAGGAACAGAGCAGCAAAAAUGUUUAAAUGUUAAUUUAAAGAAGAAGAAAAAAAAAUCAGAGGGACCCGUCACCCCAGCACUUUACCCACAAUGCACCUGUCUGUCAUGUACGUCCUCUACAGCGGACAGAUCAGGGACUGAAGGAUUCAGGCUUCAUUUAGGGAGGGUGGGGUGGAGGGCUGAGACUGCCUCCUGAUGGGGUCUCCCUCCCCCUCCACCUUCGCUGUUUGCUUUACACCGACUUCACCUGCCACCUUGGCCGAAGGACUGUGUCUAUAUAAUUCAGGUUAUUUGCACUGGGUAAGGAAACACACACACACACACAUAGCCGAACUCUCAUUCAUCUCCUACACCGACUGUGGAAGAAACUCUUAAUUCAUUUCGUUCACACGCCUUCUUUGAAGCUACAGGAAGGCUUUCAUCAGUGCAACAUGUUUCACAUUUUUGUAUUUUGGAAACAGUACUACGCUGUUUACUACUGAAAAUGCUGGCAGGAUUUAUUUUCAGCGCCGCUUCAGGGGCGCACAGGGAUCUCAGCGGUUCUUACGUGCUCAGCGGAUUCAUGCAGUUGCUUGACCGUGUACAGCUGUUGGAACGUUUUGGGGAGAUUUACAGUAUGUUGAGGUGAGACUCAAACCUGGGAUGAUUCAAACUUAAGAAACUUGAAUUUUCACCAAGAACCUGUUGCCAAAUAACCAGACUGGCGUCGCCUGUCUACACUUUAGGGUUUAACUGUGCAUCCCUCUCUAGUGUUAUGUGUAAAUGUGUAGUGACCCACCACGGUGAAUACUGCGAACCAGCAACUUCUACCCAUUUAAUAUUAAACCCAUAAGUAGUGUUUAUAUCCUCCCAGGCCUACACUAAGCCAUGAAAACGACUGCGCUCCACCCCCACUCCAAGCACACAUCCACUUUGAAAUUGUGGAAGAUUAAAAGCUUUGUAAGAACCUUCUGACAUUUUACGGGAAAACACUCAGUUUCGUUGCCUUAGCAGGUGGUUAGCGGAGCUUAGCAUCAAAACUGGAAGCUGGGCUUGACCAAAAGUAAGCAAACCCACCUGCUAGCACCUCCAAGAGCCAAUUUUCACAUCUGAACUCAGCACAGCAUUGGGAGAAUCAAGUCAGGAUCUUUGUCCAAAUUAGUUUGCCUUUUCUCACAUGUAGCGCACAACGGGAUAUUUUCACAACUGGAAACACUCAGUCUGGACUUAGUGGGCGCUACCUGGUUUGCAGAUAUAGUAAAUGGGAUAUGUGGUGCUCUCUAGUUAGCACACUGUGAACUAUUUGGAUUAUUACCUACUCUGUUCUCACUGAGCUUAGCAGGUGGGUUUGUUGCUUCUGGGAGGAGCCAGACUGGCUCUUUCAAGUCCUCAUGCUAAGCUAAGCUGGCUAGCUGUUAGCUGAAGUUCUGUAUUCAAAGCACAUACGUGAGACUGGUGAUGGUCUACACAUCGAGGUGUGUUUCCCAGAAGUCAGGCCGUUCCUUUAACUACUUUUGGGAACAUAUUUAGGAUUGUUUUAUUGCUACUGACAUUCAAAUUUUUUGUUGAACGCCUUGUUUGAGGCACAUCUAACCAGCAAUGACUGACACUAAAGCCAAGUGAUUUUUCUCUAUUCUGUCCUUUUUCUCUCAAACUACAUCUGUCUGGUACUAAUUCUAAUACACGGCAGGACAAAAUGUGUAUUUUAAACUGCAACUAAAUAGCAGUUUAAGUGUUUUUUUGUUUUGUUUUGUUUUUUUGCCUCUUUAAUGCUCAUCGCGCUGGGCAGAAACACACCGCGCUGAAUUUGAUUUGAGCUGGUUUCAAAUACUAACUGAGGAGUGAGUAACCCUGAUUACAAGCUCCAUAACUAAUCCUAACACUAAACUGAUCAAAACCAGGAGCAGAUUCAGUCGUUCGCACUGUCAGAUUCUGCCAUUUGAACGGAUGUUUCACUGCCUAGUGGAAGGAUUUUGCUCUUCAGCCACCAACACUGUGUAGGAGAACGUGUGACUGUCAAAUCACACGUGUACAAAACAUUAAAUGCAAAUUUAAAAAAAAAGAAGAGAGAUGAUUAAAGCAGUGCUACUUAAUGCCAGGAUGGCUGAUUUUUCUUUUCACAGCUGUAUGAAAUUUGUGCUAAAAUGUAAAAAUGUUUCACCAAAGUGAUUUUUUUUUAACUCCAGAGGUGUUUAAGGGAACACGUUUUUUUGUUUUCUUUAUUCACAUUUUGGCGGCUGAGUUUCAAGCACUUCAGACCAAGAGACUGACAUUAUUACUAUUAAACGUUAAAAUCACUAUUUUUAACACCUUUUCACAUCAAGCUGUCAGCACACAGCUUUCACACUCUGCAUUUUAUUUAUAAUUAAAAAACAAACACAAAGCACCAAAUGGUCUGAGCUGGUUGAAUGCUAAUCUUUUCUUUUCUGCACAUCUUUCAGUGUACUGUCCUCUUUGUUCCUCAACAGCGUUUUCUAAUUCCUACCUCUACACUUUCCUUUUAGUGAUUUCCUUAUCAUUUUUACGUCAGCGCCGCAGCCCUAAUGGCUGGAAAGAAGCUAGAAUUGAUUCCAUUGUUUAAAAAGAAGAAAAAAAAAAUCUUGCACAGACAAAACUUCCCUGCACAGUGCAAACUACUGUAUGCAUAAACACAUCAAUAACUAUCAUCUCAUUCUUUAUUUUUGUCUUUUUUAAAAAAGAAGAAAUCUUGUUCACAUGUAAUAUAGAGAUCAACCCACUUGUUUUAUAUACGUUAAUUUUUUUUUCUGUAAAGCGUUAGUCAUUGUAUUUGAUUUUAUUUUUGUAGAUAUAAAAAAAAUGAUGUAUAAAUUAUUUUCUUCUCCUUUGUUUUUAAACUUGGUGAGAUUGUUAGCUGCACAGAAGGAAAAAAAGAGCUCAUGUCUCAGAGUCAUGUGUUUUGUGAGAUUAAAAAAAGAAACUGGUUAAAGAGGA